CUGUGCUAGUCAGGUCUCACACACAGUCUCGUUUGGUGCCAGCUCAUAUAGUUCGGUGCGUUUGGGAUGUUAAAUCUUCAGGGAUGAAUAUUUAGAGGCGGUGUAACGUAAUGCAUUUUGUUUAAAAAAAAAGUGGGCAAUUUGUAUGCUUGUUGUAUGUAGUAUGUUUUUUUAAACAGUGUGAAACAGGCAGCGGUAUACUAUAAAGUUGCUCGUCACUUCCUUUGUGGUGUGACACCCUACAUUUUAUUCUCAGGAAGCCAAACCAGCUUUGUAAAAGAAUCUGCAGUUCAGCGACUUGCAGCAAUGAUGCGACAGGAUGUGCUUAUAUAUCUGCUUUUUGUCUGCAGAGUCCUUCCAGCAGCUCUAACAGCAGUGAUCCAAACACAGCAGACUGUGCUGGCAGCAGUGGGAGAAGAUGCUGAAUUCAGCUGUCAGCUCUUGGAGACUAAAGACGUCCUUCAGGUCACAUGGCAGAAAAUCUCACAUGAUGUGGGGACAAAUGUUGCCACUUACAACAAGUACUUUGGUCAGAGAGUGCAUGAUGGCUUUACAGAUAAAUUUGAGUUUAAAUACACUGGACUACAGAACUGCUCCAUAGUCAUCAGAAAUGUGAUUGAGCAGGAUGAAGGAUGCUAUCGUUGUCUGUUUAACACUUAUCCUGAAGGAGCCUUCACAGGUAGAACCUGCCUCCAAGUCUAUGAGCUGCAUGAACCUGUUGUUGAUGUCAGAGAGUCAAACUCUACUGAAGAGUGGGUUGUUUCCUGUUCAGCCACUGGUCGACCUGCUCCCACUGUAACACUCAGUGUCUCACAACAAGACCUCAACUUCUCACAGUACAACACUGUCAGUGUGUCCAACACCAACGCUACAUUCACUGUCACCACUACAGCUGUGCUCUCAGGUUCACGUAAACACAGCACACAGGUGGGAUGUGCAGCACGAGUGCUCUCUGCUCCUCAGAGAGAGGUGAUGGUGAUGAUUUCUGAGGUCAAACAGGUGCAUGCUGGGAAUGAUGAUAAUGAUGAUGAUUUUACUUGGAUCAUUGUGUUGGGUGCAGUGAUCUGUGUUUGCAUUGUUGCUGUUGUCACUAUUCUUGCAAACAGGAAAAAGGUAAGUCUUUUAAAUGCUAUCUGAAUUAAUCUAACAGCUUUGGUAUUGUAACCUAACUCUUUGGUUUGGAUCCUUUGUUUUGUCCUGCAGCUGCUCUAAAAUAUAUGAUGUGAUUCAAUCUGCAAUCAAAAACACAUAUGGCUAAGAUACCUUUGGCAUAUUGUUAUUAGAAACCCUGACGCUCUCAAGUGUUUUGAAACCUAUUGGCUGUCUUCUGUAUUUUUCUAGCAGACAGGUGAUCAUUGUAUACUUAACAUACAGUACUUAACAAAAUGCAUUUAAUCAAACUGAAUCAGAAGGUCUGAUUGUGUUCUGUGUGUUCUGAAGCUUUGAGAGUUUGUAAUUUAGUUUCAUUGUCUUCAUGCAUGUUUGUAGCUGUGUGUCUGUAUUUGUGUGUGUUUAUUUUUGUAAUUUUUGUUAAUACAAUUUUCACAUUGAUUUUUAUUUUAUUUUCAUGUUUUCUGUUCAUGAAAUAAAUCAU